UCAUCAUCAUCAGUACCACCACCACCACCAUCAUCAGCGGCACCAUCCGCCGUUCGACUCGAUUCGUCGCUAAUCGAUGUCCCACGCGCGACGUCGAUUCGCGACUCUCCGCUCAAGGAGGCGCCGCUCACGGACGGUGAUCUAACCGGGUGCAGCAGCAGGAGGAGUGGUGGUGGUGGUGGUGCUGAUGGUGGUGGUGCUGAUGGUGGUGGUGCUGAUGGUGGUGGUGCUGAUGGUGGUGGCGGCGCUGAUGAUGGUUUGUUGAUGUGGGCUAGAGACGGAGCAGCAGCAGGAGGAGGAGGGAGCAAUGAUCGACGACUCUUCACGCUGUUAGCCAGCGGCGCGAGGCCGGGAGAUGUCACGCGGCCGACCGCUGCUGCACCAGCCGCGUUUGCUGUCCCCCGCGUCGCUGCCCUGCCUGCUGUUGCUGUUGCUGUCGCUGCCCUCCCUGUUGCUGCUGCUGCUGCCCAGCGGAACGUCGGCAGCCGUGGGGCCCAUUUACUGGAACGCCUCAAAUCCACAGUUCCAAAUGGAUCAGGGAGUGAUUGUGUUUCCAAAGAUGGGUGACCGCCUGGAUAUAAUUUGUCCUCGAUUACCAGGAGCAGCAGCAGCAGCAUCAUCAUCAUCAGCAGCAGCAGGGUCUAGAGCAUCAUCAUCAAAAAAAUCAUUAUCAGCAGCAUCGUCAUCAACAGCAGCAGGAGGAUCGCAAAUAUCAUCAUCAUCAUCACAAAGAUCAUCAUCGUCAUCGUCGUCAUCAUCAUCAUCAGACCACGACGCAGGACCUGGCCGUCGCUUAGCAGGGAACAUGAUGGACCUGAAGGAAGCGUCUCGCGUUGAGACGGACGGCGACGAGAAGGACGAGGUGGAGCAGACGAAGGUGGAAGAGGUGGGGGAGGAGCUUGGCGUGGAGGGGGAGAGGUACCGCCUGUACAUGGUGGGGCGCGACGAGGCGCGGGAGUGCGACGCGCGGAGGGCUCGCAACGCGCUGCUCACGUGUGACCGGCCGGGCGUCGAGGUCAAGUACACCAUCAAGUUCCAGGAGUACAGCCCCAGCGUGCUGGGACUCGAGUUCCGUUCGGGCCGAGACUACUACAUCAUCUGUGAGUAGCGCGCGCGUCUGUGCCUGCGUGUCUGUGCGUGCGGCACGGGCUGGAGAAGAGGUGGAGUGACGUGGUUACAGGAGGACGCGGAGCUGAGCGGACUUGCCGAUGACCGGUUACCAGCGGUGUCAAGGUCGGCCUCUGUGGAGGAGGCUCGUGAAGGACGCUACUGGGCAGUUGGAGGCAGUCGCCCUCCAACAACAACGGAGGGCGGAGGA